UGAAUAUUUACAAACUUAGUAUGCACCUCUCAGGAUAACCUCAUUGUCCUAAACUCACUCUUAACGGUAGUUGUGCAACGAAGACCGUUCUCAAAAUCAGGGCGCUCCAGAUAGUGACAACUAUUUCAGGUGGAGACUAGCAGAAAGGUUGCCACCAUGUCGCCUGUAUCUGUUUUGUUCCCCGUCUUGCUGUUGAUUGUAGCAACGUUGCAAGAGUGUCGCGGCCAACAAGGAUGCUCGAUCACUUGCGGUGAUCCAACGUGGCGACUAAGACAUGGUCACGUGGUGGUUACUAGCAACACAGCUGGGUCGGUGGCUACCAUAGCCUGCAGAAAUGGCUACGAAUUUCGCGGCACCAGAAACGCUUUGUACUGCCUUACCAGCGGAGAGUGGACACGGCCAAUGGGAGGAUGCCGGAGGUCUCCGUUGACGGUAGCACCAACCGACACGGAGACCACUGCAGGGAUUCGCACCACUGCACGGAUUGCCGCCACUACGGAGGAAGCCGCAGUUACGACAGCUGCCACUACUGCAGAACCAGAGGUCCAGACAACUAGGGCAGCUAGGCCAGCUCCUCCAGAAACUACCUCGCAGCGAAUACGUUUAGUUGGUGGCUUGUCUCCGUACGCGGGAAGAUUGGAGGUUUACCACAGUGGUGAAUGGGGAACAGUAUGUGACGAUGGUUUCGGUUUAGCGGACGCUACAGUGGCAUGUAGACAACUGGGGCACAGUCGAGCACAUAGGUACAACUGGGGCGAAAUGGCAGGGCGAGGUCGAAUCUGGCUGGACAACCUACGCUGCUUUGGGCUCAGCUUCGAGAAGACACUGUUCGAUUGCCGUGGUAACACACCUGGCAUACACGACUGUUCACACUCGGAGGAUGUCACCCUAGAAUGUGUUCCUAGUCCUAGCAGCCUACGAAGUGAGAUUCGUCUGGCACAGCGCUUUCCGGCCGGCCUGGGACACGUUGGCCGUCUCGAAAUUAUGCACAAUGGGCAAUGGGGAACAGUCUGCGACACAAACUUUGCUAGCCUCAAUGCCAACGUCGCCUGCAAACAGCUGGGGUAUGCUAGAGGUUAUACCACGAAUUCAAGGGGUUCAAAUGGCCGUGGACCAAUAUGGCUGGACAACGUGCGAUGCCAAGGUCGCGAGUACAGUUUGAAACUCUGUCCCAGUAGCGGCCUGGGCCAGCACAGCUGUAGUCAUUCGCAGGAUAUCUGGCUGCAAUGCUCUUAUGUCUAGGGCAAGCAAGGCUGCAUCUGCUCAACUCGCGGAGGAUGUCCACUCCACUGGGAUUUAAACGGCAACUAAUACUUUCCAAGCCAGUAGCCUCAUCAGCCUGCUAUUCUUCUUUCGGCAAUGACACAAUGACGCACAUGGCAUGCAUGAAGGGCUUUGCAUUCCUAUACUCCGAUUCUCUUCACUCGUUUGCUCUCGCGAAAUUCCUGUUCCACGUUCUUUCACGUUCUUAGUCUUACAAUGUAUUUCCAGUACAGUUCAAACUCAAUUGUUCAUGCUCUCGCUGUUGUUACUUCAUUUGGAUUGAGCGCACUCUUUCUCCCUGCUUUCAGCGCGUUCUCAUACGUUUAUCAUGACCACUGAACGGAAGUCAUCAAUGCCUAUA